AUGCUGUUUUUAAUAGUUAUUUAUAUUUUUUUUUGUCUAUUAAUUUGGCAUCAAUUACGCAUUACUUAUAGAUAUAAAAAAAAAUGUAUAAAUGAUAUAGAAAGUAUUAACAGCAGGUUUUUCUUAUUUUUAUUUCUUAUUUUGUCUAAUUUUUUUCGUUUAAUAUUCUUUUUGUAUAUUUAUUUUUUUUAUUAUUAUGAUUACGUUCUUAUAAUUGAUUUAGACAAGCCCACGUUUGAUAAUUUUAAAAUAACUGAUUUUUACUCUAGAAUUGAUUUGAAUAACAACGAUAUUGUAAAUAAUUCAUUUAUAAAUAAUAUUCAUAAGAAUAAUAGUUUGUUAAAAUUUCUCAAAAAAGAGAAUGAUAUUAAUAUUGAAAAGGUGGAAAAAGAAAAACUUAAUUUAUUAAGUGAUGUUGGAAAGGAGAAAAAAGAAAUAUUCAACCUAGUUCUUAAUGAAAAACAAAAAAUGAACAAUAGUGAUAAAUCAUAUAAAAAAAAUAAUAAUUAUAACUUGCUACGGAAAAUUCCAAAUAUUCAAAUUAAUGAUUUCAACCAAGCAUUAGAUGAAAAUGAAAUUGAUCAAAUGGUUGGAAUUUACAUUAAUGAUAUGUAUAAUAAAAAUGUCUUCAAAGAAAAGCCUAACUUAGGAAAUGAAUACGUUUUAUUUAAAAAUAAAGAUAUAAAUAAAGAUGAAACAAAAAAGGAAAAAUUAUAUAUAAAAAACAUUUCAACUGAUACGUCAAAAAAGAAGGAAAACAAUUUAAAUGAAACUAGUUAUAAUCAGCCUUUGGAAAAUGAAAGUUUUCAAUAUAAUAAUUCUUUUGUAGAAAAUAAAAAUAUGAAAAAUAGUUUUCUUAAAUAUCCUAAUUCUAGAAAAAUGGGAAAAUUAACUAUAAAUACAUUUAAAGUGAGUGGAGAAAAAAAAAAUGACAAAAUAAUAAAUAGUGAAAGUAGUACUUUAAAUGAUUUAAAAACGAACGAAGAUAAUGCAACUAAUGAAGCUUUGAACAAAAAAUACUAUAUCAUGAACAUAAAUAAAAAUGAGAAUUAUCCAGAAAAGAAUAAAGUAGAAGACUUCUCAGAAUAUGUCCACUCUACUGAAAAAAGUGAUAUCUAUGUGAAUGAUAAUAUUACAAAAGAAAAUAAUAAUAAAAUACUAAACAAUGAAGAAAAUAAUGACAUUAAGAAGUUAAAAAAUAAAGUAAGUGAUAAUAUCAAGGAAUUAAAAGAGGAAAAUACUAAUAAAAAUAUUACUUCAGCUUAUUCUAUUAAUUUAACUGAAGAAAAUGAAAAUAAUAAAAGUAAAUAUGAAAAUCAUAUAUUAACAAAUACAAAAAAAAAAAAUAGGGCAUAUCCAGAUAAAAAUGAAUUAUUAAUAAGAAUUUAUAAAAGUAAUGAAAAAAAUUUACUAUUAUGGAUUUAUUUAUUUUUGAAUUUUUUACCUAGUUUAUUUUAUGUAAGCGCUUAUUCAAUAAUAUUGUCUUUAAUUAUUAAAGUAUAUUACAUUUUUGUUUUAAAAAGUAGUACAGUAUUUAAGCAAGCCUUAUUUUAUGGAAAUGUACUUUUAUAUUUUUUGUUUAUUAGUAUAACAUGUUUCACUUUUGUUACUUCGAUAUAUCUAUAUAAAGCAUAUGUCUUGAUUUUAUUAACAAUUUAUUAUAUAAUACUAGCUAUUUUAUUAUGUUAUUUUGGUAAUAAAUUGUUAAUACAUUUAAAUUUAAGAAAUAAAUAUUAUGGCAUUAAAGAAAUUGAUACAUAUAUUAUUCCUUUACGGCACAAGAAAGAUAAUCUGAAAAAAUCUAGAAAAUAUAAGUUAAAAACAACAAAUAGUAUAAAAAAUUAUUUUUAUAAAAUUCGAGAUAAACUAUUUAAUAGAAGAAUUCACACAAAUACUAGAAAGGAUUUAAAAUUAAACAUUUUUAUUUUAGUAUCUUUUAUUUCAUUUAUACUUGUAUUAAAUGGUUUUUUUAACGUUUACAUGGCUUAUCGUAUUAUUAGAACAUACAUGAAUUAUAAUUACAUAAAAAAAAUUCAUAUUUAUUUAUAUAUUUAUCUUAUAAGUGAAUUUAUUCCUAAUAUAUGUAUAUUUUUAACUUACUGGACAAAGAAAAUUGAUAAUAAGUCAUAUUUUUCUAACAAUAAUGUAAAUUUGCUUUGCCAUUUAAAUAAUACAAUAAAUAAAAAUAUAACAGUUUAUGAAAAGAAUUAUAACAAAAAUAUAAAACAUCUGUAUAAUGAUAAUAAUAAUACUGAUGUUUACGAAGAAUUUUACUAA